AUGUCGUCGACGAGUCCCAGUUAUCUGAUGAUCCUGCUGCUUCUCACCGCUACUCUUGUCUCUGGUGAUGAGUUCUCAGAUCCGCCAGCUUCUUCUUUUUUGCAUUCCCCUCGAAACAGUAGAAAGCUUUCGCCAUUGUUGCUAGGCUUGAUGAGAGGCCCAGGAGGAGCAGUGGGAUCGAGUGUGGAGUGCUCCGAGGGUGAAUCGGGUGGAACCUUUUGCCGGGCUCAGGCAUUGUUCGCGGCAAGCGGAUCGAGUGCGUCGUGUUGCAAUCGGCGGUGUGUGGACGUUGGUGUGGAUCUGUUCCACUGCGGCAUUUGCAACCGGCGGUGCCAAGACGGGGAGUCGUGCUGCAGGGGAUUUUGCGUAGAUCUCAACACCAACAGGAAGAACUGUGGCGAGUGCGGUUUCAAGUGUCCCAGAGACGUGCAGUGCCAGCUUGGGAUCUGUGGCUAUGCCGGAUGA